UGAAUGUGCUAAGCAAUAACUUGGCACCUUUGUCUCGCCCAAUUCAUUUCACCGAAUUUAUUCAAAACAACUCAAGCAUCUCGCAGCGGGAGGUAAUUAAUUGGACCAUAACGGCAAGCAGGCGUGCAGUCUUGGACCCUCCAACAUGGACGACCUUGGAGACCUUGCGUGGAAGUCGGCGGGGCUCGCCACAAAACCAUCUGCAAGGUCAAACACUCCCCUCAGCCAACUCUCCGCCUCACAAUCCGGCUCAAGCACUCCACAAAACCGAACACCACCUUCCUUCUCUCCAUCCUCGACUCCUCGAAUGGCUGCCGCUACGAGCCCUUUCAUUCCUCCUUCUAGCGGACAAUAUCACAACGGCCUGUCUCCGAGAACUGUGGGUGGAGUCCCAGGCAUGGGAACCAGUGGACUGAAACCUGCUGCACCUUUAAAUAGCCGCUCGGCGUCUCCGGUACCUCCAGCAGGCGUAAGGCCUGACGACGUUUUCGGUAACUUGGUGUCAUUUGGGAGUGGAGCCAAACAGAGUAUGGCAAACGUGUCGUUGGAGCAACAGCGACGUGCUCAAGAACAGCAGAGACAACAGCAAACGGCAGCUGGUGGAGUGUCAAACUUUCAACAACCGCAUCAGCGGUCUUUUACACCACCUGCACCUGGCGGACAAUCAUUGAAGGGACAAAGUACGGCCAAUCCGUCAACAGCAGCCUUUCUUGAUGCUCUUGGGCCAGGACUACCAACAGGAUCCGGCAGGAGUAGUGGAGCAAGUACUCCGAGUGGACACAAAACAUAUGCUGGGGUUCCAACAAAGCAUGAUUUCUCCGACUUGUUCGGAGAUACGUUGAAUAAGCCUUCAUCGCCCACAGCUCUUCCUGCGCAGAAGUCAUCAGGCAUGCCAAGUAUGAACGUGGGGUUGACUAAUGCACAGCCGCACCAACAGCAUAUUGCAAGCAUGAAUCUGCAGAGUGGAAAUGGUACUGGACAAUGGGACCUGGAUUUCCUUGCACGCGGACCUUCUUCUAGUCCUGCGAAUGUUAAUGCAGCUGACGAUCCGUUUGACUUGGCAUAUCUGUCGCAACCCGUAUCUACUGGAACUACAUCCCGAUAUGUCACGGAAGAUGAUAAUCCACUUGGUUUACUGGCCCAGCCCGUGUCUGCCAUGGCAAAGCCUGUGAGUAAACCGGUACCUGUUUCCGAAGCACCAUCGCCGCCCCCAGUGCAAGCACGACCAUUAUCACCUCCAUUAUCAACCCCGUCGAAUGAUAACACCUCACUAGAUUUUGGUAUUGCUCAGAUUAUGGACAUGGGCUUUGAUGAUCAGUCCGCCAAGGCCGCGUUGGAUGCUACGGGAAACAAUGUGUCAGCGGCCAUUGACAUGCUAGUGCAAAAUCGUGAAGCAGAGCAGCAAUUGAAGCGGGGAUCUCCAACUCGGCAGCAGGGAUUACCCUCGCAAAGCGGUGAAGGGCGACCAAAUGCACACCGAGUGGCCAAAUUUCGCGAUGACUAUGAAGACGAAUCGUCCGACUCGGAUUAUCCAGGGUCACGUCGUAAAACCCAGGCAGAUCACGGUCGCGCACCUAGUGCAGGAUCAGACCGGACUGGCUUGACGCAGGAGAAACUUGUGCAGACUGCUACUGCUAUUGGUGCGUCCGUUAUCAGCAAUGCGAAAUCCAUGCUAGCCUUUUCAAAAAAGAAAAUAUCGGAGGCGGUUGAACGAGCCCAGUUAGAAAGAGAGAAUGCUGCAAUUGGGAGGUCAAGGAAGGAAAGCUUUGGACGUGAUGGGGAUGAGAGCGAAUACUACGCAGCGCGAGAAAGGGAAGGUCACCAGCGUUUUAGGGACGAGAGUGACGAGGAGGACGAUCUCCGACGACAUUCUCCCUACCAGCGGGGGGCAGAUGCCCCACUCAGCCGCUUCCGUGAUGAUUCUUCGGAUGAGGAAAAUGUGCCAAAGUCGCGUCCACAACCCGCCAAGUCAGCUUCUCCCGCAACCACCCUCUUUCAGCAACAUCCACAGUCAUCGAGCACUCCUCGAAGACCUUCUACACCCCAGCCCGUGUUUCAAAAUCCACCACCUCGCCAACCAACCCCGCCACCACCAGCAGUUGUGGCAACACAGCAGCAACUUAGUGAAUCGGACAUGCAUAAGACGAAAGGGAAUGAGUUCUUCAAGCAAGGACAAUUUGCAGAUGCCGAGACAUCCUACUCUGCCGCCAUCAAUUGUCUUCCUGCUCGCCAUUUGAACCUAGUCGCCUUGUACAACAAUCGCGCAGCGGCACGCCUGAAAACUGGAAAUUAUAGAGAAGCGGUGGAAGACUGCAACCAAGUGCACGAAUUGGAUAAAAAGGACCUGAAGGCCCUGUUGCGGAGAGCCACUGCUUGGGAAGCGUUGGAAAGGUGGGAAAGUGCCCGCGACGAUUAUCGAAUGGUGAUGGCGAUCGAUUCAAGUGUGAAAGCGGCUAGCCAAGGGCUGGCGAGGGCCAACAAAGCGCUACAACCUCCUGAGGUGGCCGCCAAAUCGACUCCACCCCCAGCAGUUUCUACUGCAUCGAAACCGCAACGAAAUGCUUUGGCAGAUAUGGCUGGUUUCGAAGGUUCAUCAAAACCCAUGGAUCCGUACGUUGCGAAUGCGGUGAAUACAGCCGUCCAAAAACUACGCGAACAAAAUCAGCAAUCCGAAGAUGAGGAAGCUAUGAAGCUCGCUCUUAAGGACCAAAUUGACGAUCAGAUUAAUCGUUGGAGACGCGGUAAAGAGGAUAAUCUCCGAGCGCUUCUCUCAUCCCUCGACUUGGUUCUCUGGCCUGAACUCCAGUGGAAAACAAUCAACCUCUCAGAGUUGAUAACCCCUCAACAGGUCAAAGUGAAGUACAUGAGAGCAGUUGGGAGGGUUCAUCCUGACAAGUUAAGCCAAGAUUCUUCAGUUGAGCAUCGAUUGAUUGCGAAUGCGGUAUUUAGCACGUUGAAUAAAGGGUGGGAUGCGUUUAAAGCGCAGAAUGGGAUAAAUUAGAUGUGAUUGAUUGUGCAAAAUAUUUUUAUUGGACCUCGCCAAAGGAUCAAUGGCCUUUGUGUUUCUUCGAUUCAUUUAUACGGUUCAGUCACAGCGAUGCAAGAAGGUCUGAUAUAAAAGUACAAAUAUUACAUGAAGAACCCAUCACACCACCUGAACACCGUCCCUUCGCAGAAACACA